AUGUAUCACUGCUUCAGUUGUGAUGCUCGAAGAGAAACAGUUAGGGAUCCAUGGAACUGUCACCAAUGUGGAUCUGACUUCGUAGAUAAAGUUGACGAGCCGAUGCCUCGAGAGCCACAGGGAUCCCUUCAGAGCAGUUCAUCCCCACUCGGUAAACCUGGACAACUCAGCCAUCCUCAAACACAAUUCAAUCAACACCACUCGAGUCAACCAUCAAUGAGAGCUGGUGCGCCAUUAGCUCAAACUUUUCAAAGAACAGCAUCGGCAUUCGGACCUCCACCAAGUGCAGGGGGAAUUGGAGGAAUUAGGAGAGUUGCCAGACGUAGUGGGGCCUCCACUUACAUGGCAGCUGGAGCUCCGAGAAGAGGAAUGCAGAUGGCUCGACCAGCUAUCCCGCUGGCUCCGCAACCGCAAGCGUCAAGUCCAUUUGGUGUCGCAAGACCAUCUAGUCAGACGCAAUCACUCACAAGCUUAUUCGACAACUUGCCAAGCAUGCAGCAGCGUCCAACUCCGCAGCCAAUGAACCGUGGCCGACCUCAAAUGUUUGUGACGCCAGACGGUCGUAUCGUCAACCAACCAGUCAUGCCCGGCGUCGCGUCUCAAGAAGAAAUCCAACGAAGAACACAGGCGCUGCAGAUCAAGAAGCUGACUGCAGAACAAAAAGAAGACCCUUGCUCAAUCUGUUUGGACGAUCACGAGGAGGAAGCUGCUUUUCUCCCAAAAUGCGGUCAUUUUUUUCAUCAGACCUGCAUGACCAAAUGGCUCGAACAAAAAAACUCCUGUCCCCUCUGUCAGGAGCCAGUAGCCUGA